AUGGCUACCCCUAGUGUCCUCGCUUUUGACGCUGAGGGUCGGGCUAUUGACUUUGACGUCUGGAUAGAUGACCUACAGCUUUUCCUACAGUGCGAUAGGGCGGACGGUCUCUCCCUCUUUGACCUCACCUCUGGUGCCUCUCCUGCCCCUGCUGCUGAUGCUGACGCCACUGUUCGCUCACAGUGGGCCACACGCGAUGCUGCUGCACGUCUUGCUGUGCGUCGCCACCUGCCUACCUCUGAGCGUGCGCACUUUAGUCAGUACAAGAGUGCUCAGACCUUGUACGACGCUGUAGUUGCACGCUACUCCUCCCCUGCCACUGCUGCACUGAACCGCCUCAUGCUACCGUACCUCUUCCCUGACCUUGCUGCCUUUCCGACAGUCAGUGACCUCAUUACGCACCUCCGCACUAGUGACACUCGCUACCGCGCUGCGCUUCCUGCUGAUCGGUCGGCGCUGCGUCUGCCCCUUCGGGGAAGCGCCGCACAGGCAAGGGCAAGGGCGCUGGAGGAGCUGGCGGGGGCGGUGGAGGUGGCGGUGGAGCCGGUGGAGGGGGUGGGGGUGGUGGUGGGAGUAGUGGCGGGGGUGGAGGUGUCGGUGGCGGCAGUGAAGGCGGAGGCGGCGGUGGCGGUGGGAGCGGAGGUGGCGGAGGUGGCGGCGGAGGAGGAGGCGGAGGCAAAGGAGGUGGAGCUGGUCGGGGUGUCGCUGCGCAGAGGGUCGGCUCAGGUGGUGGUCAGCGCCAGCAGCAGCAGCAGCAGCAGCAGCGCACUCGUGACAUCCACCCCCCCCCCUCAGCAGCUCCGUGAGUGGUACGCUGCACGCCAGCGGGGUGGGGGUACUGGUCCGCGCACCUAUGUUCUGCGCACCGGCGACCGCGCGGGUGAGCAGUGCGGGGGUGCGCACCCCACCCAGCCCUGCUUUGGCUGCCGGACGGACGCUUGGCGUCACCAGUUCCCUGAGGCCACUGAGAUCCCUCGAUGGGGCGGGCUGUAUAGGGCGGGAGUAGCUAUCUUUGACCUUGACUUUGAUGCUAUUCUUGCUGCCAUGUAUGUUGUGACUAUUAGUGAUGAGGGUGACUGUUACCGGUGUUUUCCGCCCGACCCGGGCAUUGAGACUGCUGCUCUAGGUACUGGUGAGGCUGCUGCUCUUGGUGCUAGCGAGGCUACUGCUCUAUGUGCUAGUGCGUCUGCUUCCUCAGGUGCUGGUGAGUCUGCUCUCUCAGGUACGGCGUCGGCUUCGGCCUCCCUAACCUUCACCCUUGACUCGGGGGCUUCUCGCUCCUUCUUUCGAGACCGCACCACACUCACGCCGCUUGGUCGGCCAGUUGCAGUCUCUCUGACAGAUCCCUCUGGGGGUCGUGUCCUUGCUCACUUCUCCACUGUCCUCCCGUGUCCGGCGGCUCCCUCUGGCACCCUGUCUGGUCUUUACCUCCCCUCGUUCUCUACGAGCUUGGUGAGUGGUGCUGACCUACACGAUGGGGGAGUGCACCAGUUCACUCCUGCGAGCCAGCGGGUGACACACUGCACUGAGGCUCGGACGGGCCGACACUUGGCCACGUUUACACGUCGGCCGGGGUCGAGCCUGUACACCCUAACAACUGAGUCACCUCCAGUCACUGCGUCGGGUCAGGUGUUUGCUGCAGCGUCCAGGUCUGGUCCUGAGUCUGCCCCCUGCUCGUGUCGUCUCUUGUCUCACGAGACUCUCCUUUGGCAGCACCGCCUUGGUCACCCCUCCCUGCCUCGUCUCCGAGGCAUGGCGUCCCGUGUCCUUGUCUCUGGUCUUCCCCGGUCCCUCCCUCCCCUUCCCCCGGGGCCUGCCCCUGCCUGCGUCCCCUGCGUCGAGGGGCGGCAGCGUGCUGCCCCUCACUCCUCCCAGUUUCCUCCGACAGAGGCCCCGCUGCAGACGCUUCACAUGGACGUCAGAAGUACGAAACAGGAAUGA